AUGAAGGUACGUGUGCAGAGGCGAUGGUUUCAUUGCUGUCGAAGACUGGAUAAUGCGCCAUUGGAGAAUAGUGUGAAGAACUAUCUGGCCAGGACAAAAGGCCUUGAGCCAGACUUUGAGAUAAGGCAGUUGCCACAGAUUAUAUCUGGAUUUAAUAAGAGGUAUAGAGCCCGGUACCUAGAGCCCAGUCAGCGAUGGUUCAAGGCUGACUGGAAAGCCAGUGACCAUGGGGAAGACAAGGCUACACGCUUGCUGAGACCGGAAGUGUUUGACAAAUUUAUUAUCAACUCGGACUUUCAUCGAGGUAACAUGGAGCAGUACCAGAAGGCUCAGAAGCUAUCAUUUGACCCAGCUGAAUUACUGCGGACAUCGCUAAACGUGGGCGAUAUUGUAUUGUUGAAGCAAUGCACCUCAGAACUCACUAUGUGUGUAAAUCUUCCGCAAUCUACAACCGAUCCUCGAUACACUUUUGCGAAGAAGGACGGUACUCUCGUCUAUGCCAUGAAGAACUCUGUGAUAUUAAGAAUACCUAAAGACUUGCCAGAAGAAGUGAAUCAAUUAUUGAAACGGGAAAGUAAUCAUCCAUAUCAGAAAAUUGGCACCAUAAAGAACUCUUCUAAUGAAACAGAAAUACUGCCUGUAUUAACAAGACAGCUAAUUGUGAGUUUCACAUUGGCAACUUUUACAAAAUUUGCUUGGACUCAAUUACCGAUUGUUCUAAAGAAGUUAGAACUUAUACACAGAUACUUGCAGGAUUCUAGAGGCUCCAAGCAUGUUAACUUCAUGUCAUUAGUAAGGAUUAUAAAAAAUCUUAAUAUCAAAGAGGCUACUGAUGCAAUUAACGGCGACGCCUACGUAAGGAAAGUAAUCGAUGAAAGUAUGUCAGUUGUUAAUAAAUCCAUUGAUCCAACAACAUUACUUGCAACAUAUUGGGGUGUCAGAGAACAACAACAGAAUAAUUUGUGGGGUUCAGUAUAUACUAACACUGCACUACUAUCACCAACAACAGUUGCAGUGUUGCCAUUGAAGAAAGCACAUUUAUUUUACCAGGAAGUGAUUACGCGACUCGAGAGCAAUGACUAUCAGGAGAUAAAAGCAUUUGCUAAAUUAGUUAACGAUAAAGAUUAUCAUAGUAUUGCCAAGAGGUAUGAUUAUAUUAGAACACUUCUUAACGAUUAUGCUGCGGGUAACAUUGAAGAGAACGCUGUCUUAACAACAAUAAUAAGUAAAAUAUUCAGGCAUAUCGACAUGUAUCGAGAUCAAGAUGUCACUAGGUCUCUUUGUGGAAAACUGCUUGUUGAAAUAUCCCCCCAGAGUAAUAGCAGCAAUUUUAUUUUAGGAAAUUGGGAUCUCAAUAUUCCUAAAUCUUCCGGUAUCUCAAGUGUUGAACAAAAAUUGUACGACACGGCGAUGCCAACUAUAGUCAGUGAUACUGAUCGUUAUGAUUUUGGGGAUAUGCCAGUUUUUUGUAUUGACUCCGAAGAUGCUCACGAAAUAGAUGAUGGCAUUUCAAUUGAGGAGUUAGACGGUGUAAGGAGUAGAAUUCAUAUUCAUAUUGCUGAUCCUGCUGGUUUAUUUCCUGAGUCAUUUGAUUAUACCAAGUCUGGUAUUAGCGAUGAUGUAUUAAGGGUAUCUCUAAAACGUGCUUUUACUACAUAUCUGCCGGAUUUGGUCGUACCGAUGUUACCGAAAUCGUUUUGCAAUAGGGCUGAUUUAGGAAAGCAUGAUAGAAAGACUGAAACGAUAUCAUUUUCAUUUGAGUUGGUAAAUAAAGAAGAUGGUGGUUUACAUGUUGACUACGAUACGUUUCAAGUCAGGCUGGGCAUAGUCUCUAAUUUCCCAAAAGUUACUUACGACAAGGUUGAUUCAAUUUUAAAUGGUGAUGACAAUAGUCUGCCAUCGAAACAAAAGAAGCAGCUGGAAUUAUUGCAUACAUUGGCUACUAAAUUAUUACAUAAACGAAUACAUGAUGAUAAUGCGGUUGUAUUUGGUGAUGGAUUUAAUAAAGGGCUCGUUAGUUUAUCCCCGGAUGAUGAUGGAGAGCUCUGUAUACCAACAUUUUAUGACCAAUCGCAGACCAAAUCAACAUUAUUGGUGUCAGAGUUCAUGAUAUUGACUAAUAAGCUUUGUGCAGCUUUUUUCCAAGAAAACAAGAUCCCUGGUGUUUAUAGAUGUUACAAUGGAUUGAAUUUAGGCAACCAAGCCAAAGCCCAGUUCGAACUGUUAAAAGAAAACAUCAAGUUAGGUAAACUUCCCUCAUUGAAAGAUAUUACCAAGAUAUCAUCACAAUUAUCAUCUAGUUUCUACUCACCAUUUCCACUCCCACAUAAGAUGAUUGGAAAUACGGCUUACUUAACAGUUACAUCACCAAUGAGACGUGGUCCGGAUCUGAUAAACCAUUUGCAAUUGCAUAGAUUUCUGAAGAAGUUGCCUCUGUGUUUUAAACAGGAAUAUCUGGACCAAUAUGUGUGGAGUUUCCAAGCUAGAGCAGAUAUCUUGAAGAUAUUUCAACGUCACUCGUCAACGUAUUGGACAUUGAAACAUCUUGAACAAUCAGGAACCAAAACACACGAUGUUAUAGUCACAUCAGUUCCACAAAAUGGUACAGUCAAUUGUUUGUUCCCAGAAUACUCUUACGCAAGAGGUACCCUCAAACUCGAUCCUGCAAUGAAGAAGAUUCCCAGAAUUGGUGACACCAUCAGACAUUGCAAAGUCGAAUCCAUACAUCCUUUGGAUGGUAUACUAACGCUCACCCAUGUAAAUAGGAAAUGA